AUGCAAGCCGCACUCGAACCUUUCCAUGAGGCAUAUGCCACAGGGUUGGCGCAACCCGUCGCAGACUUUCUCAGCCCAGUUGCGCCUGCGCAUGAUCCUGGGCGGCUGUAUGAAUUCUACCGCGCAUCCAACGGAGAUAAGAUUGAGGGCGAUGUUCGCUAUGCGCUCAAACACAACAAGAGCGCGCGCAUGACCAACAAAGAGAGCGGUGCUUGGGUUGAUAUCAUUGCUGCUUAUUGGCGCGCUGUGAGGGAGAUUAUAAGGGCGGACGAGGCUGCAAAUCAGGACAAGCUCAACGAGCGCCAAUUCGUGGCAGUGUAUGAUGCUUGGAAAGAGUUGACCAGCUAUUUUAUCAAGCACAUAUCGGCUGGGCUACUGCCAGCGUGGGCCAUCUUUACGCUGUAUUUCACUGCGAAUCAUCUUAGGAAGAUAGCUAUCAGAGCAGACGAACAGUUGGCCAAGUCGAGAUCAGCAACUUCCAGCACGGAGUUUUCAGACGACAUCGUGAGCACUGCCCCUCAGAACCCAAAGCUUGAAGAGGCUGCUCGAGUAUUCAACAGGAUCUUUGCGCUAUGCCUUGGUGACAGAAACCCAGACAUGUCCGAGUCCCGUAAAUGGGGUGUGUACUGCAUAGCCAAUCUCCAGUUCAAGACAUACUUCAAGUUGAAAGCCAUCAGUCUCUCCAAGAACGUAGUGCGAUCGAUCGAAGCGCAGUCCGACCUACCUACAUUCGAGUUAUACCCACGCGCCCAUAGGGUGACAUACAAGUACUAUGUUGGAGUGCUCUCAUUCCUGCAGGAGGACUAUGCCAAGGCAGAGAGUAGCUUGCAGCAAGCAUGGGAGUCCUGCCAUUCGCGGUCGCAACACAACAAAUCCCUGAUCCUCACGUACUUGAUUCCUUGUCGUCUCAUCACCCAGCACAAGAUUCCGACGACGAGCCUUCUCGCAGAAGCCCCACAUCUACAGCGCACCUUCGGGCCUCUCGUAUCGUGUAUAAAACGCGGAGAUCUUACGGGCUUCGACAGGGCUCUUGCGGAGGGCGAGCCUGAGUUUGUCAAGCAGCGCAUAUUUCUUACCCUAGAACGAAGUCGCGAUAUCGCCUUGCGCAAUCUUCUCCGAAAAGUAUAUCUUGCCGCCGGCUUUGACGAUCUCAAGGAAGGACAAACGGAGAAGGAUAGGAUACGCAAGUCGCGCAUACCACUAGCGCAUUUCGCAGCCGCACUCCGAAUGGGGACUGCAGGCGAAGGCAGCGGCCAAGUCGUGGAGGACGACGAGGUGGAGUGCUUAUUGGCGAACCAAAUCUACAAGGGUCUGAUGAAGGGCUAUAUCUCGCGCGACCAUGGAAUAGUAGUCAUGAACAAGAAGGGAGCAUUCCCCGGGACAGGGGUCUGA